CCUGAUUAUUCUCUAAUUCAAACCCGGCAGAAACAGCAGCAGCAGCAGCAGCAGCAGCAGCAGCUUUUCAAUCUUCUUCGGCAGUAGAGUGAGUCGCCAUCUUCAUCGACCUCUUUGCUUCCUUUACCUCUCAUAUUCAGUUUACACGCUCACGUUACAUUGGGAAAGCUGUGCACGUCCACCAAAUGACACAGACGCUUUAUGUUUUUUAAAUCACAUUGCACAUUGGGGAAAAUCAUUGCACUGGGAACGCUGAAGGCAAGGGGAUAUAGGUUGCGUUGCACAGGCUUGUGGCAAGGGGGAUAUACGGUGGGAGGAGGGUUACCAGUGGUGACAGCGUGAUCCACAUCUCCAGGCAGGGACCCACUUUCCAUUCCCUGUGUUGGAUUGGGCAGCUUCAUCACUAGACAUACAGAGAACUACCUGCAUUUGUUUAGCCUCCUAAACUAAUCUGAACAAGCGUCUACACUCUGGAGCCACAUCCAUUGGAAUUUGCCUUUUUUGUUCUGGACCAGUAGCAGUUAAACAUAUAAGGACUGUUAGUCAUGAGUGAAUUCUGGUUGUGCUUCAACUGCUGUAUUGCGGAACAGCCUCAGCCGAAACGGCGACGGCGGAUCGACCGCAGUAUGAUCGGGGAGCCAACGAACUUUGUGCACACAGGCCAUGUGGGAUCAGGAGACCUUUUCAGUGGGAUGAGUUCAGUGAACUCUAUUCAGAACCAAAUGCAAUCUAAGGGAGGUUACGGAGGUGAUGCCAUACCAGUAAACGUUCAGCUUGCAGAUACAAAAGCAGGAUAGCGUACGAGUAUGUUUGUUUGGUUCCUUCUGUGUGUGUGUGAGUAUGUCUCCCUUUUGCCUUUGGUGACUGCUUUUCGUGUUCCUCCUAAUGAGAAAGAAGUGAUGGUCCGUCAUUCAUCCUUCAUCCCUGUGACUGGUUCUUCAAGGCAAAAAAUACAUGACAGUUUGCUAUUCUGCUCUGAAGAUGUUCUGUUGGAACAAUUCUGCCCUGCCUUUCAGCAGCUCACACAGGCUUGCCUGAACAGACAUGGACAGUAUGCUUCUCCCCCUAAAUCUAAACUACUACAGAUAUUAGCAUGACCUUUUUUUCCUGCAAGUGCCAGUGCUAAGUGUUACUAUGCUUUUUCCUUUUUUGUAAUUUCUGUUCUCUGUGUUUUAAAGUUGUUAAUGUUUGAAGGUCUGGAACCUGCAAACGCAAUGUUUUUUUUUUUUUAAAGUAUUUCUUUCUUUUUUUUGCUCUCCCUGUUUGGCUGUCAGCAUAGUAGUUGACCGCAUAUUAAUGAAAUAGCUUUGUACGGUGGCCUGUUGGUGCCAAAAUGCCUGUUGCUGCGGAAUGAAGAUACUGUUGCUGACAGGAAAUAAGCUCUAAUAUUGGCACAAGUUGAUGCCAAGCCAGAGGAAAUAGAAUUGUAACCUAGCUGCUUAACAUUUGUUCUCUGCUCAGUUUGUUUGUUUGUUUGUUUGUUAGUUUGUUUUGUUUUGUUUUAAUGAACUGGUCUCAAAAUAAAAUAAUUGGCAUUGAAAUUGUAUUCUGCUGUAAAUGUUCAGUAUACUUGAUUUUAAAGAAUCUGACUCAGAGUGUGCAACAAGUAUAUAGUUAUGUGUAUAAUACAGUGAUGUUAUAGUGCUCAGUACUGAUGUGGCAACAAUAUAUGACAUUAAGUCUUGCAGUCUUCUGCAGAAAGAGUCUGAUCUACUGCCUGCGUUAUUAACUUUACACUUCUUUUUAAUAAACCUUUCAAAAUAAAUGUCAGCUUUUGUGUACUAAAUGUUUAGGGUCCAUGCAGGUUGCCAUGGGCAACAUUUUGAGCUAUCUGAACAAAUGCCAGUACAAAUAUUAUCAACAAACAGGGUGACUUCUUCUUACUAUGUUACUUAAGGAUGUUUUGCUCAGGUUAAAGGCAUGUUCUAACUUCAAGAGUUGUGUACAUUGUAUAAUAAUAUUGCACUGUUUUCUAAUGUCAGUGUAAAGUGUAUAUCUAGAAGAAUAUAAAAACACAAAUGAAACCUGUACAAUAAGGUUGCUCACUGGUUAGCUACAAGCAUUUUUUCAAACACUUUUAACAUGUUGCAAAAACAAUGUAAAUCAUGAAUAAUUAAGCUUUAUAAUUGUUUGAGGUACUGUGUAUAAGCUCACUUAAAAAAAUAAAAAAAUAAAAAUAAAAAAGGAAAAUUCCUUUAUGAAUCGAAAGAACUGGCUUUCUUUGUAUGAUAAUCUGAGGAAAUUGGUAUAGUAGAGAUUGCAUUUAAGUAAAAAAAAAAUCUUCAUCUGCCAAAUUUUCUCAGUUUUUUCUUUUGACAGGCCUUCCAACUUGCCUUGUAUUUCCUGUUUACUCAGAUCCAUAGAUACUCAUUUAAAGGGGUUUGUGCUGUGCUAUAUGGAGAUAGUGCAGCUGGGCUUGCUAUUUUUCCUGAAAGAAGUCUGGAUAAUGCCACCACUCUUGAUCAAACACAUUUAAGAAAAAAGUAAAUAAAACAACAACACUUUUGUGUCCAAUUUUCUAACCCCCGAUGCCAUGUGGCUCUCAAGUGCUACUGUAUGUGUGUAAUAGUGUAUGCCGCUCCCUGUGGUCAUUGUAUUUAUUUGUUUAUUACUGCCUGUUUUCAAGUGUUGCAUGGCAAGCCACAGAUUGGGUCUGUCAAUGUUUCAGCACUGAUUGGUUGUGUCUCGCUCUUGGGCCAUAUGGCAGGGACAAACAUUCGUUCCCUCUGUGUUUGCGCGUGUGGUAUUAUUUCUGAAGCCCCACUAUGAAAGCACUUGGAUGUUUCGUUGUUGUGAUUUGUCAUCCAAAUGUGGACAAGACAUUUUAAAUAAAAAAAAUGUGUAACAAAGCCCUUUAGGAAAAAGCUCUUUAAUAAAUUGAUGGUUAUUUUAAGCACAAUAAUUAUGAGUUUAAGGUGGACUGGUGUUUGCAAUAAAGUGUAAACAUUGAGAGAUAUAUGGUGACACCUUUGCCAACCUUAUGGUGAAAUCAUUAUUCUUUCUACCAUAUUGAUCCGGCAGUGAUUGUUUCUGCCUUUUGACUCAGUAGCAAGGAAAAGGAGAAUACACUUGCAUAUUUUUUUAUGAUGCAUAUACAUUUUGUACACCAUUCAUCCCUAAGUACA